AUGGAGCUUUUGCUUGCGCUCCGGGAGAAUGCGCGGCAUUGCCUGUCAGGUAUGUGGCGCCUCGCGAGCGCCGCGAGCUAUCGGGUGACUGAUGCUACCAUGGAGCUGAUGGGGCUGCCGCAAAUCGCCGAGCUGGGAAAGGGGCCAGCAGGAAUGCCGCGCGGCAGCAGCGUUGGAGAGAUCGGCAAGGAUUCAGACUCUGGAUUCCAGGAGAAAUUAGUCCGUGGCCGCAUCAUCGAUUCGAUCAGGUGCGUGGAAGGCGGUGACAGCAGCAAGAAAUUCUCGUGGAUUUUUAGUGGGAGGCCGAUACACCGGAACACGGCCGUGUUUGCUCUCGAGGACGAGCGAGGGAUGGCUUCGUGCGUGAUGGUUCCGUUCGCUCUACUUCCUGAGGAAGACGUGACGAGAGUUUUUCCCAGGGGAGCCGAGGUUGUGAUCAAAGACCCAAGCUCUCGGAUGAUCUCGAUGAUGCAAGUCCGGAGCCCUUCCUUGGUUGAGGUGGUGGCGUAUUUUCCAGAACUGAGGGCUUCCCGAGACGCUGCAUGGCUGCGAGAGCUGGGAGACAAAGAGGUGGAGCGAAAAAACUUUCGAGCAGCGAUCGAGCUCUACAGCAACAGCAUUGGGGCGGCUCAAGGCCAGGGAUCCGCACUGGCUUUGUCUAGCCGAGCUGAAGCGUGGCUGCUGUUAAAACACUAUGACAGAGCUUUCGCUGACGCCGAUGCGGCACUGGCUUGCUGCGAAAGCUUCCAUGCAGCGAGCUGGCUCACCAAAGCACAAGCUUUGACGGGCCUCCAUCACUACUCAAUUGUGUUCGACGUUCUCAAACAGGCUAUGGAGCUCUCCCCCGACUCGGCAGAGAUCACGAAAGCGUAUCAAGAGUCCCUCAUCAGAAAAGAGCAGAGCGAGAACGGCGCUUUCGAUCUUCCACGCUUGCUUGGACAGGAAGGUGACCAUUCCAUGGCAGACUUCGUCGGUCCGCUAGAACUGGCUCCAAGCCGAGUAGAUUCCGAUGGCAUUGGCCUGUUCGUCACCAGAGACGCGAAAAGAGGGGAGCUUCUUCUCGUUAGCAAUCCCAGCUGGGACAACCUUCAUCUUACUCGAGAGUGGGGUGACAAGAUCACAAUGCUCGUAAGAGCCUGCGCCGGAUCAUCACGGACUCGAUCGAGAAUGGUCGCAAUGGGGGAGGAAGUUGCUCGCAUCGACGCUUUCAGGCCAAACUCACGGAUCAAAGUGACUGAAGAGCUCCAAAUCUCCUUGAUCGAGGAGGUAGCGCACAACCAUGCCGACUGCACGCUGCCGUUCUGUAUCAAUCACUCGUGCACACCGAACGUCUACUGGUGCCAUCGCGGCGGCAUCAUCCUCGUCCUUGCCUCGCGCGACUUGGAGGCUGGCGAGGAGCUGCUCAAGUCCUACUACAACUGCUCGCUGCGCCUGGGUUCUUGCCUCUCGAUUGGCCUCCACUGCGAGAGAUGCUUGCUCCAGUCGAGGCCACCGCUGGAUGGAAUCGCCGCGAGAUAUCAGGCCGAGGAUCGAUCCGAGGAGGGUGGCGGCGCCAACUUUAAGCUGGUGGAGCUCGUCUCGGAGCUGGAGAGGGAGAUGAGAAAGAUGGAGCUGAGCGGGGAGGAGACAAUGCGGCUGCGGUGUGCGUAUUUCCGGGGCUACGCUACGUACUACGCAAGGUGGAAAAGCCAUGGCCGGGACGAGCUUCCAGAGAUGCCGGAGCCAGUGCUCGUCUUCGAGGCCAUGCACAGGUUUGCAUCGGGGGAUGGCAACGCGCUGCGCGUCAUGUUUGGUCUCCACAGCUUGAUCCACGGCGAGCUCUCCCCUCACGACGAUGAAAGAGUGCGGCAGUGGAUGCUCGAGCUAAGCGUUUCCAGCGCCGGGAGUGCCUGGGAGGCAGCCUGGGAGAGCGUGGUGGCCAGGAGAGACGAGUGUGAGAAGCUGUGCCUCAGCGGCGUCCCGGCACCUCCUUGGGAGAACUUGAGACGAUGAGAUGUGAGAGGCGUGGAGAGAACACAGCUCCACUUCGCUUCACUUGGAGCGAGUAACUUGAGACGAUGAGUGAAACACAGGUAAAAUGAGCUAAUUUAUCGAAAUUUUCUCACAAGUUUCGUUUUCUCCAGGGCUUCGUCGCUUUGCUAACAUAUAAUUCUGUAAGCUA